GACGCGCAGAGCCAGAGCUUUUGUCCGGAAUCCAGAGCCCUGCUGAGCCCAAGCCCGAGCAGCCGGCCGAGCCGAACUCUGCCCUGCGCCCCCAACCACCGUCUGCUUGUCUCACGGCCCCGCGCCCGGCCCCCUCGGUCCCUCUGCUCAAUGAAACUGUCCGCGAUGAUCAAGAAGAUGUGCCCGAGCGACCCGGAGCUGAGGAUCCCGGCCAAGAACUGCUACCGCAUGGUGGUCCUCGGCUCGUCCAAGGUGGGCAAGACGGCCAUCGUGUCGCGAUUCCUGACAGGCCGCUUCGAGGACGCCUACACGCCCACCAUCGAGGACUUCCACCGCAAGUUCUACUGCAUCCGCGGCGAGAUCUACCAGCUGGACAUCCUCGACACGUCCGGCAACCACCCGUUCCCCGCCAUGCGGCGCCUCUCCAUCCUUACCGGAGACGUGUUCAUCCUGGUGUUCAGCCUGGACAACCGCGACUCCUUCGAGGAGGUUCGGAGGCUCAAGCGGCAGAUUCUCGACACCAAGUCGUGCCUGAAGAACAAGACCAAGGAGGACGUGGACGUGCCCCUGGUCAUCUGUGGCAACAAGGGGGACCGCGACUUCCACCGCCAGGUCGAGCCACGCGACAUCCAUCAGCUGGUGGGCACCGACCCCCGGCGCUGCGCCUACUUCGAGAUCUCGGCCAAGAGGAACAGCAGCCUGGAUCAGAUGUUCCACGCGCUCUUCGCCAUGGCCAACCUGCCGCGCGAGAUGAGCCCGGACCUGCACCGCCGCGUGUCGGCGCAGCACUGCGAGGCGCUGCACCAGAAGGCGCUGCAGGGCAAGAGGCUGCGGCGAGCGGGCGGAGACCGCGACGACGCCUUGGGCAUCCUGGCGCCCUGGGCGCGCAGGCCGAGUGUGCACAGCGACCUCAUGUACAUCCGCGAGAAGGCCAGCGGCGGCAGCCAGGCCAAGGACAAGGAGCGCUGCGUCAUCAGCUAGGAGCCCCCGCCCCAACGUGGCAGCAGAGCCUCAGGAGGCCCUGUAGUUCGAGUGUCCGGGCCACGUGCCCCAAACCGCGGGCGUCUUCCUACCCAGCGCCCCAGCCCCUGCACCAGGGAGAGUCAGCGAACAGAGAAGGGACCGUCAUCUGCUCGGAAAGGAAUGAGAACUGGCUGAGGCCCGACUCCCCCCACUUCCGAUGCCCAUUGGGGCCCACCACUUUUCUCACAAAGCCCUAAAAAUGGGAGCGGGGGUGGAAAUUAAGCUUGUCCUGCCCGCAGGAGCAGCAGGGGCAUUAUCUGUGUGAUUGGGGGUUGCCAUGACAGCUGGCCUGAAACCGAGGGUGGGGUCAGAUCAUAGGGAGUGACUUGUUUACAUGUGUGUGCAAUUGCACAAAGCAAAACAUAAAACUCGCACUUUAUAAGAGUUCUGGUGUCACCCUGGACAUGAACAAGAUCUUACCUAGGUGUUUGUACUGCAUGUUGAGUCUUUAUUGUUACUGGUUUUUUACUAUAAAAUAAAGUAACUUAAAAUGGAAAA